UUACACCCUUUCUUUCUCUUAGGAUCUGAACCAGGUGAGAAGCCGGUAAGUGGGGCGUGGGCAGAUAGCCCCGCACGCUGAGCGCAGUAAGGAAAACGCGCCACACUUGAGGAGCCGUGGGUACAGUUCCUUUUCUUCUCCGGUUGCGAGUGCUGGGGGCGUCCGCCGCAGGUGCCUCCCGAGCUCCCUGCCCCGGGCGCAGCCGCCGCUGCCGUCCGCUCCCCACCCUCUCGGCGCCGCCGCAGUGCGCGGAGCAGGGCUGGUGCUCUCCGCCCGUGGCCCGGAGGGGCGCGCUCGGGGCCAGCGCCGCUCGCUCCGCAUCCCUCUCCUCCAGGCUCCUGGAGCACUCCCAUCGCCGUCUGCAGUCCCAGGCCCCGCCAUGGGGAAUGUGCCAUCAGCGGUGAAGCACUGCCUCAGCUACCAGCAGCUUCUCCGGGAGCAUCUCUGGAUCGGGGAUUCAGUGGCUGGGGCACUUGACCCUGCGCAGGAAACAUCCCAGUUAUCUGGACUCCCUGAGUAUGUUAAAAUAGUAGAAGUUGGACCUAGGGAUGGAUUGCAGAAUGAAAAGGUUAUAGUUCCUACAGACAUAAAAAUUGAAUUUAUCAAUCAACUUUCCCAAACUGGCUUGUCUGUAAUAGAAGUGACCAGCUUUGUGUCCUCCAGAUGGGUACCACAGAUGGCUGAUCACACUGAAGUGAUGAAAGGCAUUCAUCAAUACCCAGGAGUUCGAUAUCCUGUCCUUACUCCUAAUCUUCAGGGUUUUCACCGUGCUGUUGCUGCCGGAGCCACCGAGAUAUCAGUUUUUGGUGCCGCAUCUGAAUCCUUUAGCAAGAAGAAUAUUAACUGUUCUAUUGAAGAAAGCAUGGAGAAGUUUGAGGAGGUUGUUAAGUCGGCAAGGCACAUGAAUAUUCCAGCACGAGGGUAUGUGUCUUGCACCCUGGGCUGUCCGUAUGAAGGAAACAUCACACCACAAAAAGUGACAGAAGUAUCUAAAAGAUUAUAUGGCAUGGGCUGUUAUGAGAUCUCUCUAGGAGACACUAUUGGAGUGGGAACUCCAGGAAGCAUGAAAAAAAUGUUGGAGAGUGUCAUGAAAGAAGUCCCACCCAGUGCGCUUGCUGUUCACUGCCAUGACACGUACGGACAAGCCUUAGCAAAUAUCCUUACGGCCCUUCAGCCCAUGGUCAUUUGCAAACACAAUGGAGGAACCUAUACGGUAAAUCCCUAGGACUUAUUUACAUAACAAAAAAUGUGGCUGGUAAAAUAUUCUCUACUGAUGUUUCUGAAACCAGAGACCAGAAACUCACAGUAGAAAUAAGACCCUUUACUUUUCUUGUGCCAACACAAACAACAAUUAUAGCAUCAUGUGAGAAAAGUUACAAGAAAUAUUGCUUAGUUUCAGUGGUUCAACCAAGUCAGCGGAUUUCAGUAAUUGUGGCAGACUGGACCCAAAAACUUUACAGUCUUCAGCAAGGAAUGGAUCUUAGACAUAAAACUGAUCCCUGAUAAAACAACACCGGGGUCAUGAGAAGGCUACUCUGCCAAUUUUAUUUCACUGUGGGAUCCACUGACAUCUGGUUCAGCUGCGGAAGCUGGAAAAGUUCUUUAAAAUUCUCUUGACAGUAAAAAUGGACAUGUGGAAAACAUUCUAAUCUGUUAAUCUUUGGUGCUCCUGAAAAAGGGACAUUUGGCUUUAUACUUCAUGAUAAUAAAUAUGAAGCCUCCAGAUCUAGUUGUAAAUAACUUCAUGGUAUUUGAAUAAAGAGUAGAACUUUCAUUUCCCAAAUGUGCCAAAAGAUGAAUAUGCACCUGUGUCAAUCCCGUGAUAUAAGAAGCCCCCUGGAUUCUUUGUUUAUACUUGGGUUUAGUAAUUUGCCCCCUUUACACUGGUGCCAUUUGGCCAGUGAAAAUUAAAAACAGUAGCAAGUAUUUUUUGCUCCUCUUCCUCUCCUUCCUUCACUGCUCUCCCUUUUUCUGUCUGUCCCUCCCUCUCUGCUAACUAGCUGUCAAGCACCCCUCCUGCUCUUACUUUAAAUAUUUCAAAUAAUCAAUGGAAUAACACAACUAUUUUCAAAUAUAUAUUUCCAUGUUAUCGGUCACCUUUAGGGUCACUGCAUGAAUGUCUGGCUUCAAGAUCAAUAGGCGAUAGAAGCUGCAUCUAUAUCUUGCAGUGUCUACAGGGCAUACAGAACAGUAGUAAAACAUAGCCAGGAUUUGGACUUCUUAUUCCUCAUUUCAGCUUCAGUGUGGGUUCAGUCUGCUUACUGCUCCUGACAUCAUGUACCCUUGCUUCAAAUUGCUAUUUCAUGGCUUGGGCUUUUGUCAUUUUACAUCUUGUGUGUGUGUGUGUGUGUGUGUGUGUGUGUGUGUGUGUGUGUGUGUUUUACUUCCACUAAGUUCCUCUUUUCAGCAUUAAUAUAUUUGUCCCAAUUUCAAAAUACUAUCCUAAAAGCCCUCGAUUGAAACUCAUAAGAUGAAUGAGAAAAUAAAAGAAAUAUGCAUGACUAAAUAUAGGUCUAUAAAUCCAUGCUUCACAAGAGAUUAGCUUUCUCUAUCCUCAAACAUCCUGUGUGGUCCCCAAUCAAAAUAAAUAUGCAAAUACACAAAUACCUAAUGUAAAAAUAUAGCAUAGCUAUUGCUUCUGAUAAGCCAACUCAUUGUUUUUCCUGAUUUAAUCUAUAACAUCUUAGCUCCUGAGUGGGAGAAUAUAGAACACUAGUUCCAAGCAGGGCUUCUGGAAUCUAAAUGUUUAGGUUCCAAGUUUGACCCUGUGGCCUAGGGGAAAUUACUUAACUUCCAUAUGCCCCAUGUUUCCUCACCUGUAAACAACAGUAACACAUUAACUUACACCUGUCAGAAUGGCUAAAAGAAAAAAGUCAAAAAAUAACAAGUGUUGGUGAUGUUGUAGUGUAAAAAGAACCUUUAUACACUAUUGGUGGGAAUGUAAAUUGGUGCAGUCAUGUUUUCUCAGAAAAAUAAAAAUAGAAAUAUCAAAUGGUCCAGUAAUCCCACUACUGGGUAUUUACCCAAAGAAAACAAAAACACUAAUUUGAAAUGAUGUAUGCGUCCCCAUGUUUAUUAUAGCAUUAUUUAUAAUAGUCAAGAUAUGGAAGCAACCCAAGUGUCUAUGAGUAGAUGAACAGAUAAAGAAGAUGUACAUUCACACACACACACACACACACACACACACACACACAGGAAUAUUACUCAGCCAUAAGGAAGAAUGGAAUCUUUCCAUUUGCAAAAACAUGGAUGAGACCUGUAGGGUAUUAUGCCAAGUGAAGUAAGUCAGAGAAAGACAAAUAAUCAUGAUCUCACUUACAAGUGAAACCUAAAAAUACAAAGUAACCGAAAAAAACAGUCUCUGAAAUACAGAGAACUGGUGGUUACCAGAGGUGAGGGGAGUGGGAGGAUGGAUAAAAGAGAUAAAGGAGAUUAAGAAGUACAGACUUCUAGUUACAAAGUUAGUAAGUCAUGGAGAUGAAAAGUACAAUAUAGGGAAUAUAGUCAAUAAUGUUUUAAUAGUGUUGUGUGGUGAUAGAGGGUGACUGUACUUAUUGUGGUGAGCACUGAGUAGUGUACAGAGUUGUUGAAUCAGUAGGUUAUACACCUGAAACUAACAUAACAUUGUACGUUAAUUAUACUGCAAUGGAAAAAGAUAUUGUACUUUACUAAGUGGUGAAAUUGGUUGCUAUCGAACUUAAUUGUGUAUUUGUGAGAGGAUAUUAGAUCAUUAAUUUUCCAAUAAUUUCAAAAUCAUUCAACUUGAAUCUAUUGCUACCUUAUGAAGUAUAUUAUUAGACCUAAGAUCUCACAUUCUUCUUCAAGUCUUUAGUGACUCCACUGUAGCCUUAAGUUCUCAAAAUAGAUCUCCAACCCCUUGUUGGGCUGCCCUAGGCCUGCCACCACAACCUUACUGCUUGUCAUGCUCCCCCUCACUCAAAUCCCCUGGGCUGGAGGCCUCACAUAGGCAGGCUGGUCUUUACGGUAUUACUUCUGCCUCCUUCUCUGGACAAUCUCUAGUUGUUUCCUAAGUCUCAAUUUACACAGACUUCAUUAACAGGUGUUUCUGGACUAUGUUCCUGUACCACACACGUGGCAUAUCCCCAGUUCUGCUGUCCACACAGUAUUUCCACUGCUUAUUUCUUUUUAAUUUAAAUUUGAGAUAUAAAUAACAAAAAUAUAUAUGUUUAAAGUAUACAUCAUUGUGUUUUGAUAUAUGCAUACGUUGUGAAAGGAUUCCCCACACACAUCCACCACUUCACAUAACUUUGUGUGUG